CCGACCAGCCAAUGGCGUCGCAGCAGCCGAGAAGGAGAUUCGAAAACACAAGCCGUAAAUCCUCGCAGUUUUAGCUCAAUUAUGAAGCCAGAGAGAACACCUAUGUCAAGGAGACCCAAGCCUCCUCCGAAGCCAAAAACUGCAGAAAGAUUUAUUGAGCGCGAUCCCGUUGAGGUAUACUGCCGUAUUCGUCCGCCAGAGACCCCAAACCAGGAAGAAUGCGUUAGAGCUGUGGACUCUCGCACUGUUAAACUAACCCCUCCAGACUCCUGCUUUGCUUUCCGCAAUGGGCACGCCAAAGAGCAACAGUACAAGUUCCGACAUGUUUUCAAACCAGAUUCCACACAGAAGGAUGUGUUUGAUUAUGUCGCCAAGCCUUUGGUGUCUGAUGUGUUGCGGGGGAAGAAUGGUCUUUUAUUUGCUUAUGGUGUUACAGGUUCUGGGAAAACACAUACAAUGCAGGGAUCACCACAUGAUGGAGGUAUCGUUCCCAGGACGUUAGAUGUUGUUUUCAAUAGCAUUAAUGAAUACCAAACAAAGAGGUGCAUCUUCAAGCCAGAUGGGAUGAAUGGCUUUGACGCUCAGUGUGAAUUGGAUGCGUCCAGUGAGCGACGGAGAAUUGAUGCUACACCCAUUCCUCCUAAGACGCCAAAGACCCCCAGAUACAGACGAGACACGAGUGGCUCCCAAGACAGCUCGCAGCGGAUCCCAGACUCGUCAAGAAUUGAAUGCAUUGAUGAGGAUAAUGUGUUCUCAAUCUUUGUAGCUUAUAUUGAGAUCUAUAAUAACUAUAUUUAUGACCUCCUGGAAGACUUAUCUGAUGCAGGGCCAUCUGGGCGACUGCAGACCAAAAUCUUGCGUGAAGAUGCCCAACACAAUAUGUAUGUACAUGGUUGCACAGAGGUUGAAGUGAAGAAUCCAGAUGAUGCCCUGGAGGUUUUAUACAAAGGUCAGAGGAGGCGCAAGAUUGCUUAUACUCGUCUAAACUGUGAAUCUUCUCGGUCACAUUCCAUAUUCACAAUCAGAGUAGUUCAGGCCCCGCUGGAUGCCCAGGGCGAGGAGGUGGUGACGGACAAAGCCAGCAUGAUGGUGUCUCAGCUGUCCCUGGUUGAUUUGGCUGGCUCAGAGCGCAACAACCGGACCAGGGCUGUUGGCGACAGAAUCAAGGAAGCUGGCAACAUUAACAACUCGCUCAUGACCCUGAGGACUUGCAUUGAAGUUCUAAGAGAGAACCAGAUGACAGGUUCUUCCAAGAAAGUGCCAUACAGGGACUCCAAGGUGACCCAUUACUUCAAGAACUAUUUUGAUGGGGAAGGGAAGGUCAAGAUGGUCGUUUGCGUCAAUCCUAAGGCUGACGAUUAUGAUGAAACUCUGCCGGUGAUGAAGUUUGCAGAAUUGGCUUCGGAAGUACAGGUUCAGCGAUCUGUUCAGCCGCCAAGACAGGAUCCUGGAUUUCUCCCUGGGAGGAGGAGAGCCAAUCAGCUGUUCAAGGAAGUUCGGCGGAGGCUAGAAGAAGAGGGUGAGAAUGUUAAGAACUUGGAAGUGGACCUGACACCCAUAUACACACUGGCACCAGCUUGGCCUGCUGUUAGUUACACAGCAGAAACUCGGGAUGAUGUCAUCAUGAAACUCAAGGCGUAUUUACAGAAGAGAAUCCACAGUAGAGAGAAGCUACAGACUGAACUGAAAGGAAAGAUUCUGACAAUGCACACUAAUGUAGUAGAGAUGGAGAAGGAAAACCUCAUCAUGAAAAAGGAAAUCAUGAGUUUGCGAUCACUGUAUGAUGAUGCCAUGGCCAAGGUCAGGACAUUAGAAUCCAUGCUACUCAAUGCAGAAUCUGUCAACGAAAGCUUGCAGAGGAAGUUUACUGACUAUAACAACCUAGUGGAUGAAUGCAAUGCUGUGCGAGAAGAAAGAGACCUUGCCAAGUCGCAGGGACAACUAGAGAAACAGAAGAUGAAAGCACGUUUGAAGAGCAAGCUAGAGGUUGAGAAGGAUAAAUUGAAGAAUGACAUGCAAGCAAAACUAAGUGAACAGAAGUCCAAAAUGUACCACAGUCAAGUCCGAGCAUUGCAGGAGAUUUUCUUGGACAACAACCAAACCCCUGGAAAUGUUCGAGUUCCUUCGACUUCCGAUUCAGACCUGCACCAGCCACGUCAGUGUUCGCAGAGCAGCAUCAAGGGAUCCACAUCUGACCCAAAACUCAAUAUCAGUCAAGCAUUCUUGACUCCAGACCUCAGAGGCCCUGCAGUUUCAAACCAAAGACAUAGACGUUCACGGUCUCAAGGUGCUGACAUGUGGCUAGACCAUCGUCCAGGACAGGAGGUACCGCUUGGAACAGUUCUACAACCAAAUUUGCCGCGACGCAAGUCUGUCACAAGACUACGCAGUGGGGAUCUUCUCGAUGGUCGUGUAACAAAUUAUUGUUUGACCACUCAGCAGCAGGACUCUGAGGGAGAACUUGAAACAAAGUUGUACAAGAACAUGAAUUGGCAAGUACUUGAGUGGGGACAACAUGUGCUUUUGUGCUGGCUUCUAUUCUGUGAUCUGGCGAUAUACUACCUACGGCCGGAGGAGGUUCCCAGGUGGUGCUACAGGAUGUGGAGAUCCUCAAGCAGCGAGAUCCCCUGGCUGUCCCUGUGUCUAAGCGUUCCUCAGAUGGAACCCCUAAGGUAGAUAGCACCACUGUGCAAGAACGCUGUGCAACUGGUAUUGCAUACUAUGGCACACCCAGCCACUAUGUUCCUAGCAAGCGUACAAAGUUGUAAGAUAGUAUAUUUCUUAAUUGGUA